UCUUAACGUCUGUGUGAGUCCUGGUGUCACGUGUUCCCUGCGGAUUUCGGGGUCCCUCAUCAUCCCCCGUUCCCUAUUAGUGGCUUAUUACCCGGCAUGCUUCGCUGCCUGAUCCGGAAGUGACCCUCCUCUAGCAGGAGGCUUCUAUUUUGCCCGGCGCGGCGUUGAAUCCGGGUAACCCGCGUCUCUCCAGGUCACCGCCAUGGUUUACGCUUUCGUUGUUCACACCCUGGGCCCCGGUCCCGGCGGGAGCCCCGCGCUCAGCACGGUGCUGUACUCGCGAGUGUUCUGCUGCACAGCUCUGGACGAGAAGCUGGGGCCGGAUGGGCUGGAGAAAGCGAGGCUGCGGAGGAAGGAACAGAUCUGGGCGGUGGCGAGGCAGACGGAGUCCAUGUGCCUAUUGAGACGACGGGCGAGCGGGAGACCGCCGAGCGACUACGUGCCGCAUCCAGACGAGCCGCUGUCGCUGCGGGAGGACGACGUGGGGCUGUACGGCCUCGCUGCCGGGGACCCCUUCCCCCGGGAGAAGAGCGUGCUGUGGGCGGCCGUCGGCUCCGUGGGGUUUUCGCUGAUCUGCGACGCGCAGGAUAACCUGACGCUGGCCGAGAGCACCCUGCGGACGCUGGCCGGGCUCCUGGCCGACUCGCUGAAGCUCCAGGCGCACGGCAGCAACGUCCUCCUGAGAGCCGACCGCAUCGAGAUGACCCUCGACAGAUUCCUGCCUCAGGGACAGCUCCUCUUCCUCAGCCGGCAGGCUGCGCAGGCGCUGGAGAAGGAGCUGGCCGCCGCCGUGACUUUGUAGCUCCGCUCUCUGUCGGGCCCCUGGCCCUUAAUGUAGCAGCAGAGCCGUAACGCCGACAUUGGAGAGGCGAAUACAUUCUACUCAAUAACACUCCUGCCCACCGGCCUCGCUGCGCACCGCGAUGGGGGGUCCGCUGAGGGUUUUGCCCUGAACAUAGGGAACAUAAAUCAUUUUUAUGUCAAGCAUCGGAUUAAAAAUAUAUUCU